UAUUUGGGGUUACACGUGGUGGCAAGAUAGCCGCACUACUCAACAAGUUGCUCAGUUAGAACAACAAAUUGCGAAGGGGGCGAAAAACUUCCAAGCCCGGCAAGAACAAAGCAAGGCUGCUGCAAUUAAACGCCAAAAAGAACGUUUAGCUCAAAUAAAUAGGAUGAAACAACAAUUGGUCGCCGAGAAUUUGAGUAAAGCCCAAACUGAUUUGAACAAUCUUCCGCAACGAAUGACUUGGGAAAAAAUUAAGCAAAAAUAUCCGGAAUUUGAAAAACGUUCGCUGUUCUUACAGGAAUUAAAACAGAUUGCCGAGAAAAUAUUGAAAAAAGAGGAAGAUCCAGUCAGCAAGUUUUUAGACAAAUUGGCUCGCAAAACUCACGUCUAUCACGAGGCCACUAAGAAAUUUACUCCCCCCGUCUCGGAAGAAGAACAACAGCUUUUAACUCAGUUGCUUUUAACCGAGGAACAACAGUUAGCUAUUUGUGACCAAGAAGCUAUUCUGCGUUUGCUGUUAGAAACUCUUGAGCUAAUACAAGAGCAGCAAAAAAAUAAUCUGAUUCAUUUCGGUUGCCAAAAAAUCACUUUGACUACCGAACAAAAAGCCGUUUUACUUACUCGCUCUUAUCCAGAAGGACUAAAGGCUUUUAGGUUUGAGCCGGAACAAAAACACCUUCUGCAAACUUUGGCUCCCCUAACCCAAGAAUAUAAGUAUUCGCUUGCGGCUAAAGCAUUGCUCAACUCUCUCGAUUUACCACCGGCUAAGAUUAAUUUUUUGGUGCGGGAGGAAAUUUCUCCUAAUCCCCACACUGAAUUUGGUGAACCCCAAAACCCCUAUCUGCCUUGCAAACUCCAAUAUUUACUCGGACAACAAAAAAUCUUACGAGCAGUUGAGAAAGUUCGCCAGGAACAACUCCAGCAGCAAGAAACGCUUUUCGUUAAGACUUGGCAUUG